GCUGGAUAACAGUUAGGACCUUGAUCAUUGUCUCACUCUCCUCUCCUCUUCUGGGGCCUCCUCUGCUCUCUCAGUUCAACUUUUGUUUUCUUAUUACUCAAACUGGAUCAGAUUUUUCAUGAGCCGUGUGGAUGUAUUAUUUAAAGUUAUUUUUCCAGUGUUAACUUGUGCUUGAAGUGCACUGUUUCUUCAACAACACGGAUGUCCAGUCUCAGGAGAAAUGUACCAGGGCAUUAUGACAACUAACCACGGAGCCCCGUCCUAUGAGGCUGGUUUUCUCCACAAUGGUCCGGCAGGUACCUCACCGGUCUAUGUGCCGACCACACGAGUGGUCACCCCGAUGAUCCCCGCGCUGCCUUACCUUCAGACGCCCGGUGCCUCGCAGCAGGGCAGCCCGGUGUCGAGUCACUCUGCCUGGGCACAGGCGGGCGCCGAGUCCGUGUCUUCGUACAAUCACUCCCCGGUGUCUCCACGCUUCAGCUUCUCCACCAGCCCGCCUCUGUCCUCGGGAAUGGCCUCUGCCCGGGAAACUGCCUCUUACUCCAGCCCGUUAAACAUCUCCACUAACGGGAGGGAUCACUACGGAGCCCGAGGGCUCAGCGGCUCGUACCACAGUCCUUACCCCACCUAUGUGAGCCCCAACGUUGGAGGAACGUGGACGGCGUCUCCGUUCGACAGCCCGGUGCUGCACGGCCUCCAGCCCGGGGCUAAUCCUGCAGCCACACGGCAUCCGAACAUAGAUCUAUUUGAUGAUUUUGCUGAGGGGCGUGAAUGUGUGAACUGUGGGGCGAUGUCCACCCCCCUGUGGAGACGGGAUGGUACAGGCCAUUACCUGUGUAACGCCUGUGGACUAUACCACAAGAUGAAUGGCAUCAACAGACCUCUGAUCAAACCUCAGCGACGACUGUCAGCCUCGAGAAGAGUGGGUUUGUCCUGCACCAACUGUCACACAACUACCACCACACUGUGGCGCCGCAACGCAGAGGGAGAGCCUGUGUGUAACGCCUGUGGGCUCUACAUGAAACUGCAUGGGGUUCCUCGACCUCUGGCUAUGAAAAAAGAAGGCAUCCAGACACGGAAACGGAAACCCAAAAAUAUGAAUAAAUCUGGGAGCUCGGGCAGUGAGAGCAGCACAGCGGCUCCAAGCAGCACUCCUCGGGCACCGCCCCCCUCAGAAGAGCCCCGACAGAUAAAGACAGAGCCGGACACCCACCUCUACACACAUCACAGCACACACACACAGAUCUCAGCCUUGCCGGCGUACAUGUCCGCACAAGGAGGUGCCAUCCCUCUGAAAAUGUCUCCUGGGAGCCACAGUGGGUCUACCAGCUCCAAGAAUGAGCCCUGGAAUAAUCUUAUCCUGGCUUAGGAGAACCGGUAUCCGAAAGCUACUUUCAUAUUCAACAGACUUAGUCAAAGCUGCCUUAUGCUUUCAUAGUGCCUAGUCCAUAAACUGGAGCUGCAAGACUAAAAUGCACAAAUGCUGCAUUUACACUAUGGUUGAAGGAAGACAGGAGCUAAACUAGGACAAAGAAAGCUCCAUUCCUUUUGACCUGAUCAUUUGUCAAAAUGAAGACAUCUGAAGAAGUAUGUGACAGACACUUUACACUGAUGCGGUCAGAUAUUUUAACUUUAUUUUACUUUUUUGUUAGUUGUUUUAUUUUUAUGCUUUUUUUAGCUUCAAAAACACUAUUUGGUAAGAUAAAGUACUGCCCAUGAACUAUAUGAUUAAUAACACAUAUUAGGUCUUUGAGACAUUUAUGUAUACCAGUGUUGAGUAUCAAGGUGAACAAUCAUUGGGUGGAAACCAAACAGAAAUGAAAAUAAUUGCAUUACAGAAGACUCUCUUUUGUCCUCAGUUCAUUUUAAAGGCAAGUCACUCCCACUUCUUCAGUUACACGUUUCAAAUAUACUGUAAGUGCAAUAGAAAACAUGUAUAGUAUUGUGAACUGUUUUUUAACAGUGAUUGUACAGUAAUUUACUAUGGCAUUAUUUUUUAUCAACACAAUAAACUACCUAUGCAGCGUGAGUUGCACAUUGAAUACUAUGUUAUACUUUGGCACCCCCUGCUGAAAAAGCGCUGCACCUACAAGACGCUCUGA